AGAGGAGAUCAGCCAGACCUUGCAGUGCGUCUUGCUGAGGAGCUGGUAUCUCCACCAGUACUGUGCUUCAGAUACCAGUACAUGUAGAAGAAAAAUGGAAGUUAUUGAGCUGGGAGAAGUCGACUUGAACUGUCCUUCCAACUGUCAAAUACAUAAUACCCAUUUCUUCGGAACUGACAGACAAAUAAUAAGGAGAGGGCAAGCCUUCAGCUUUUAUGCUCGUUUCCAAAAUCGGGAAUGGGAUGACUCCGUGGACCAGGCUGUUUUCACCGUGGAGACAGGCCUCAGACCCUGUGAAUCAAAUGAGACAAAAUGCACCUUCCCAAUGGGCAGAUGUCUGGAUCAAACCUGUUGGAGUGCUUCCUACAAAGUUCAUCAGCCAAAAUGCAUCAGUAUCAGCGUGUUUCCUCCCUCCAGUGUCUGCAUUGGCCGUUAUAUUCUCAAUAUGCAAAUCACAUCUUGUGGUCACACAUAUCAGCGGUGUCUUGGAGAUUUUUAUGUCCUUUUUAAUCCUUGGUGUGCAGAUGACCCUGUGUAUUUGGACAGUCAGGCCCAUAGAGAAGAAUACAUUCUGAAUGAACAUGGAAUACUGUAUGAAGGAGUUCACAAGCACAUAACCUCUCGACCAUGGCACUUUGGACAGUUUGAAGAUGGGAUUCUGGAUAUCUGCUUGAAGAUCUUAGAUAUGGGUGCAAGUUACCAUCACGGCUCUGAUCGUGACCACUGUUGGCGUAAUGACCCUGUGCAUGUCAGCAUGGUGGUGAAUCACAUGAUAAGCAGCCAUACCACUAGCAGUAUCAUGAAGAUUCCAGAAAACAAUGAUUACCUGAAAGGAACAAAGCCAUUUUCCUGGAAUGGAAGCGUCCCUAUUCUACAGCAGUGGUACAGUGGCAGAUGCAGGCCAGUCAGAUAUGGGUACUGUGGAUCUCUUGCUUCAGUAAUGUGCACAGUGAUGAGGUGUUUGGGAAUUCCAAGCCGUGUUGUCACAAGCUUCUGUUUUCCUUGCUCAAUUGAGAAUCCCCUUGGAAUCAAUGAGAUUUUUGACACUACUGGUAAAAACCUAUGUGGCAAAGACAAGCUAUGGCGAUACCACUGCUGGAAUGAGUCUUGGAUGGCUCGCAGAGACAUUAAUCAGUGCUGCGGUGACUGGCAGUGCCUGGAUCCAACACCUCUGGAAACAGGCAGAGGUUCAGCUUGCAGUGGUCCUACAUGGGUUCGAAGCAUCAGGGAAGGGGAACUGGACUUGGAUUAUGAUGGUCAUCAUAUGUUUUCUCGAGUAAAUUCAAACUAUGUUGGCUGGCUUUCCCAAAACAAUGCCAAAAGAACAAAAUUUUUCUGUGACACAUGGCCAUGUGGACAACGUCUAAUCACCAAGAGUGUUGGCAGUGAGCAAUUUGAAGACAUCACUGGAGCUUACAAGUAUGAACUAGGUUCUGUGAAAAACAAAGAAGCCUAUUACCGGGCUUACAGAAGAAUUCACCCAGGGUAUUGCAAUGCUUCAAACUGUCAUAUUGACAGAGAGUUAUCAUCUCUGAAAAACCCAUUUUUGAGCGACUCAGGAGUUAACAUGAGGUUAAAGAUGGCUAACUGCCCAAUGUAUGGUGAAGAUGUCCAACUGAACUGGCUGCUCGAAAAUUUGCGUAAUGAGACCAAAACCCUGAAGUUUAAUUUGUGCGCACAAAUUAUAACCUACAGUGGUUGUCCAAUGGAUCAAUUUUGGAAAGACUGUGUGAAUGUCACAUUGGGUCCAAGGGAAGUGAAAAAAAUUCCGCUGUGUAUAUCAUAUAAUCAAUAUGGACCUUAUCUCUGUGAUCACAACAUUAUGAAAGUAGUUGCUGUCUCAGACCCAGAGUGUGGAGAAGUUCUGAUGGUGAGCAGGGAUAUUGUGGUCAACAGACCACCUGUUAUUGUAAAGCUACUGAGCCAACCCAGACUGAAAGUACCAUGUACUGCAGAGAUCUCCUUCUGUAAUCCUCUGCAGGAAGAUAUGAAGAAUUGUGUAAUGACAUUAGAAGGCUGUGGUUUAUUCAAAGAGCCAAUGACCAUUGAUUUGGGAACGCUGGCAUCCAACCAACAGGCACGGACCAUCGUGGAGUUCACACCUUACAGGCUUGGCAGUCACCGGCUCCUGGCCAACCUUGGGUGCCACAAGUUUGCCUACUGCAAGGGAUGUGCCAAAGCUGAAGUGUGCUGCUCCGCAGGCCAGAAUGGUGUCCUGCCCAUCAGCCAGAACGGGUCACUCCCAGCGUGUGAGAACGGCUCCGUCCCCAUGAACGGCUCUGGGCCUGUCCCUGUGGCAGACCCUGCGUUCAACUCCAUGUGUGAAUAUAUCUGUAUCCCAGUGUGCAACCCAAACUGCAGCGCAGGGGGGCAGCCUGUGUACGAUUUCGUGUACCUCCCUGCAGGCCAUCCUUUAUGCAAUUCCAUCUGCAACCAAGGCUUCAAUCCAAGCAUCAAUCCUGGUUUUGAGAUGGGAUGCGAUCCUGGCUUCCGUGUCGUAUGUGAGACUGUACCUCCUGCUGCGAGUGCCCCAAUGCCUCCAUCCAUGUAUGGCUCCAUGCCGGCCCCAGCAUCCAACCCUGUUUGCACCCCUAUGCCUCAAGUGGUGUUUGAGACAGGUCCUGCUCCCACACACCCCUCUGGAGGUGGAGGGGGGCCGAUGUCCUAUUCUGUCUCUGUCCCCGCGAAUAAUGCGGUGAGUGCGUUGCUGACCCACUUCAUGGCUGGCCCCAGUCCCAGUGGAGCAGCGCAGGCGGUCCCUAUGUCUGCUCCUCCAUCCUACUCCAUGUGCUCCCCAGUGGUCCACACCAUCGGUAAUCCCAUGCAGCCUCCAACUCCCCUUUCAGUGCCCGGUGCCUCCAUCUCACACGUCGUUUGCGGCUCCACACCCUCUCCCACCACCCAGCCUCCGGGCGGCCCAGUGGCCACCGUGUCCACCCAACCCCUGAGUGCCACGGUAGCCCACGGCAUGUGCUCCCCGGCGCCUUCCCCAGUGCCCCGCGCCGCUGACCGUAGCAGCACCCCGACAGUGCUGCAGGUGGGCAGCGCCUCUGCAUCCCGCCCGCUGUGCUCCCCGGCCCCCCGGCCCGUGGGCCCCCCGGCGUCCCACUCGCUGUGCUCUCCAGCCCCCCGCCCAGUCGGGCCCCCCGCAGCCCACUCCCUGUGCUCGCCCACCUCCGCCUCGCUGGUGGCCGCGGGGGCCCGCCCUGCCAGCUCGCCCGCCGCUCAGCCCUUGGACUCGCCAGCCGCCGCCUGCCUCCCGUGCUCCCCAUCCCCGCGCCCCCUGGCAGGUGCCACAGCCCGCUCCCUCUGUGCCCCCACCUCUCGCUCCAUCUCCCAGCUUGUGGGCACCGCCGGGUCUCGCUCGCUGUGCGGCUCUCAGUGGAGCCCUUCCUAUGACACCACCACUCGCUUGGGCUCCACGUGGGCUCCCACCUCCCGGUCGCUGUGGAGCCCCGAGGGGCGCUCGGGCUACUCCUCGACCCGUGCCACCUACGGCACACUUACACGCCCUCCGUACAGCUCCUUGAACCGCUCCUCCUACACCUUGUCCCGCUCUGGCUACAGCACCCUACCCCGCUCCACCUCUCCCUCUGCCUAUGCCACGCUGACUCGCUCCGGGUCGUGCCCCUCGGGCAGUACCCUGGCUCUGGCAGGGUCCCGCAGGCCCUGGAGUCCCACAAGGAGCACUCUCACCUAUUUCAGACGCAAAUAUCUGUAA